ACAGCAACUUUAUAUCCAAACAGAACUCUGUGAUAUGAGGUGAGACAUUGUUUUAUGUGAUUUCUCUAUGAAAUAACAUGAUAUUGAAAUUUUGUUUUGUUCCUGACAGUUUGACAGAUUUGUGUGAAAAGAACAACAAUAUCAACGAAAAAAUAGUCUGGGACAUCCUUGUCGAUCUAACGCAGGUGUUGUAUUGUGACUCACUUUUCAUAUUUUUUUCUCACAAUUUCUGCAUGUAGUUUUGCAAUCUGUGUCCCUGCAUGUUUAUAUCCAUUUUAACCUACAUACAUCAGCUGUAAAUUUCAUGAGCUAUCACUGGAAAAAAUUGUGCCAGAAUGGACAACUUGCAUGUCAGACUAAAUUUUUAUCUAAGUAAAGAGAAGGGAAACACAACAGCUACAAAGAACAUAAUGAAAUUAGUAAAAUUGCAAAAUUUGGUUACGAAAUGUUCAUGUAAAAUACAGAAAAUAUAGCCUUGCAAAGUUUGCGAAUUUUGUAUAUGUUUGUAUUACGUGCGGAAAUGGUUACCAUUUUCGGCUCGAUUUUGCAAUUCUACUAAUUUUAAUAAGUUCUUUACGGCAAUUUACUUUUUUUGCCUAGAUCAAAAAUUAGUCUAACAUGCAAGUUGUCUAUUCCAUACUCUGAAAUUUGCAAUUGUAUCAUUAAAUCCAUAGUAUUUCAACACUAUGAAAAUUGCAACUAUGAAAAUUGGAUUUCCAUACUAUUUCCAACGAACUGUAUAUGUUUGCAACCCUUUAAUACUGUCUACACCAUUUUGUGUACGCUUGAUGUACCUAUUUUUACUAUUGUUGGUAUCUUUCAGGGGCUGAAGCAUCUCCAUGACAACGACAUGAUACACAUGGAUAUAAAACCUUCGAACGUUCUGAUUGGUUUGGAUGGACUGUAUAAAAUUGCCGACUUUGGUCUCGUACUUGAUAUCUCUAAGGUGAGAAAAUCGCGAUGAAAUAAUAGACAAUUCCCAUUAUAGACUAAUUUUAGAACAAGGCAAAGAGAUGCAAAAAAAUCACCACAGCUAGAAAGCGCAUACUAAACUAUAGCCUUGCAAAGUUUGAAAAUUUUGUAUUAUUUUCGGCCCAAAUCGGUGGUAGCACGCAAUACAAAAGUAUACAAAAUUUGCGAACUUUGCAAGGCUAUAUUUUCCGCAUUUUACAACAUUUCACAACCAAACUUUGCAAUUUUACUCAUUUUAGUAUGCUCUUUCCGGGAAUAUACUUUUUUGCCAAGAUAAAAAAUUAGUCUAUAAUGCAUAGGAAUUGUCUAUAUGAAUCCAGCGUCACCAUUUGAUGUUCUCUUCACAUUUUUAUUAAUAUGUUAACCGAAUUUUCUGACAUGCAAUAUUUCAGCGUCAUUUCAAUGAAGCUCAAGAAGGUGAUCCUAAAUAUCUCGCCCCAGAACUACUGGAAGGAAGAUUCUCUAAAGCCGCAGAUAUCUUCAGCUUGGGCAUCAGUUUAUUAGAAGUCGCCUGUGACCUGGAUCUUCCUCGCGGCGGAGACGCUUGGCAGCAACUUCGACACCAACAGAUUCCUAACGCUUUCCUACAAGGUGGAUAUUGUUUGGACAUUGUGCAAGGAGGGGUGCAGGUCUUCCAUUGGGUGCAUGGGCGGAUUUACUGGGGGGGGGUUAAACCCCCCUUAGAAUCUCUCUAACCCCUCCUAUAAAGUGUUCAACCCCACCAAAAUUUCGCUUUACCCCUCCUAUUUUGUAUGACAAUCUUUAACCUUAACGCUCAGUGCUGCCGCUUGCACCCCACUAGAAAUUUUUCCAUCCUUCCUUUAAAAAAAAUGAAAAUCAGCCCUUGAUGGGGUGGUGCAUGAGGGAGCCUUACUGCCCACUCUCCUCUGCAGUCUGCAACGCAACUAUCCCAACAUUACCAUUAUUUGAGAUGACUGAAUCUGCAUGUUCGCCGUUCUGUUACGUUUUACAUUAUCUUAAAUUGUCAAUAAAGUUUAUAUCGGUUUUUUAUCACGUAUGCGUGACUGGACAGUAACUAUAUGCUUUACUAUAUAAUUACAUCUCAUUCUCAUAUGAGAAAAAUGCUUCCAGUUCGACUCUGCCAAAGAACACAUUUUGUUUGAGUGGUCAGUACAUGUGUUUUUCAUCUCUGUUUGAUUCCUGUCAUAUCUGAUCAGGGCUCAAAAUAACUGCCAGUCAACGGACAAUGACUGGCCAAAAGUGCCUCUUGACCGGUCACUUUUUUACCUCUCCGGUCAUUUUGACCGGCCACAUUUUCAUGCCUUCCAAUGUCAUUGCUACCGUCUUGAAUUGAAACAUGAAACUAUGAUGUAUCGAAACAAUUAGUUUCUAAUAGUCUGUUUCACUGUUAGUGUAAGCGUAUCAAUGACCGGUCAAAAACAGAUUUUGAGCGAGCUAAAAUCAAGUUGACCGGAGACCUACUGUAUCUUCCGUUAUUUUGAGCCCUGCUGAUUAUAAUUUCUAGGUCUGUCGCCAGAGUUGUCUGGCCUGAUAAGAAGAAUGAUGGAUCCAUUACCUCGAAACAGGUCAGCUGAUUUACGUACUGUAGUAUCAAAAUACUUUGGUAUAUUUAGUUCAUUGAGUUCAAUGUCGAAGUAUUCAAACGAAAGCUGUGUUACUAAAUAAAACUAACAUCCUUCUAUUUAAUAUAGACCCACUGUCGAUGACAUCCUUGCUGAACCACUUGUAAUAAAGGUAAGAACUUUAGAAACUUCGGUUACUGCAUCUGAUAAGCAUUUUUCUCAGAAAUUUUCCAGUUCUGGAAAAUGUUCGGCAGCUGGAAAUUUUUAACAAAAUAUCUUAACAAAAUAUCUUCGCCAGAAAUUCUCUUACACCUUGCCGAAAAUUUUUGUCAUCUUAUAUACUGGAAUGCCAUAUCAUUUACUCGUAUACUGUUUAAAAAUUCCAAAAGCAUUUUGGAAGUUGAGAUUGUUUUGUACCGAGAUUGAAAUUUAUCACAAUAAUGUGCAGCACAUCAUUAUAUGUUCUCGGAAAUCUACACAUGGAGGGAGUUUUAUAUGAUUUGAUUUACACAGGAAAUAUAGAUUUUUUAAGAGAACUAUAUUUGUUAGGCUUGAAUUUUUCAUACCCGUUUAUCAGCUCAGUAAUGUUGCGUUUGUUAAAUAAAUUUAGGCAAACACCAGACGAAAACGUUUGAAGACAUUUAAUGCACUGGUGAGUUUGGACAGUCAAAAUUCCUUUAUUUUCCAUCUCAUAUAUAUCUACUAUAUAUUUUACAAUUUUCCAUCUGUAUAUUCUUGUAUAUACUAUGAAGUUAAUGCUGUAUAUUUUUCCUGCUUCCUAUAGUGUUCUGGCUUAAAGAAAAUCCUUUUCCCAUUCACUUUUAUUUUAUUUUGGAUUUGGGAAAUCUUUAUUGUAAAACCAAUCAAGCUACUUUGUGGUGAGUUCAAACACGAUCUUGUGUGUACAGUAUAGUUAGCCCAGCUGAUUUUAUUCGGAGAACAGUAAAAAAUGGAUAAUUUCAGCUGUUGACGAAAUUUUGAUCUAGCCAAGAAGAACGAAAUCCAACACCACAGCUGGAAAGAGCAUCUUAAAAUGAGUAAAAUUGCAAAGUUUGGUUGCGAAUUGUUGUAAAGUGAGGAAAAUAUAGCCCUGUGAAGUUCGCAAAUUUUGUAUAUAUUUGCGUUACGCGCUGGAAAAAUAACCAUUUUUACCGCGCGUAAUACAAAUAUAUGCAAAAAUUUGCGAACUUCAUAGGGCUAUAUUUUCUUCAUUUUACAACAUUUCGCAACCAAUCUUUGCAGUUUUACUCAUUCUAAGAUGCUCUUUCUAGCUGUGGUGUUGGAUUUCAUUCUUGACUUGAUCAAAAUUUAGUCUAUAGCUGAAAUUACCCAUUUUCAGUAGUCUCAUCUUCAUAUGAAGUUUCAUGAAGAUUUUUCUAUCUUUAGAUUCAAAUAAACUACGCGUGUCCAGUACUACAGAACUACUAAACGAAAAUAUGUUUGAUUCAAGUCUCUCGUCAGAAGGUAAAUUUUUUUUAUAUGCAUAUGCCUUUUAUCUGUUCCAUAUGUUUGCUUUUGAUUAAUGUUAGUAGGAUACUAGGAGGAUGUAUAUGCUAAUCAUCCUUACUUGCAGAGCUAAAACCAUCAUGGGUGGAAAAUAUAGGCGAGCACUGCUCGCAGGAAAUGUUAAACAGCUGCAGGAAAUUCGUUUGAAUGAAGAUUUGCUGUUGACAAUUUGAAGGACACCUUAACACCCAUGUCCCACUAUAUGGGCGCAACAACAUAUGGUUGACAGACAUUAUUCCUUGAAUUUAAAACCAUGGUCAGCUAGAACACUAUAUGUUUAUGCACAUGCAGAUUUAGCACAAAAAUACUCCGUUGGUCUGCAGGAAAUUUUUGUCUCCAUGUUGUGCUCCCAGGAAAAAAAUUCUUUUUUUCCUGCCCUGUAAACCAUCACUAUCUUAACUAAAAUAUAAAUCUUGAUUUUCUCAUUUAUUAGAUAGCGUCUUUGGCAUCACGUCCUUCUCAAGUUCUGUGGAUGAAAGUUUUUCGUUGAAGAAUAGUUUAUCGCCCAAGAGCAUAUCAAGAUCUUACUUACAGAGGUAAGGUUUAGACUUCUUAUAUUGGGUUUAGACUUCAUCUCGUUACAAAUAGGCACAUUUGUACACAGGGCGUUUGCACAUGACGUCACAGCCGCCAUGUUGGUGUUCCAAUUCAAAGAAUUUCACUUAGACUCUUUUGUCUUGAUGAGUGCAAACACUCUAUUAGACGAUAUACAUGUAAAAGGUUUUUAUACAUUAUCAUUUAUCAAUUACAUUAUUUUUAAAAUUUUUCUGACUGCUUCAAAAAGUCAAAAUGCAAGAGGAAAACACGAAAAAUCAUAAGCGUGUCGUAUCUUUAUAUGUGAUAGAGAUUUCCCUUGAUUUACAUAAACUUUAACUUUGAUUUUCUCGCCUUACACAACGUAUUUUUUGAAAAUUACUGCGCCAAUAAACUUUACUAGAUUGAUCGUUUUUGAAGCAAUUUAAAACAUUCGCAGUGUGUGUUUAGGUGUUUUAUCAGACUUGUAGAUACUCCGCUUCGCCUCGUAUCUUUGUACCUGAUAAAACACUGCUGCUCAUGUUUUAAAUAGUACUUAACAAUCAUAUAAUAAGAUUGAUAACAAAACACAAGUCCCUAAAACGAGGCUCCGUAAUAACAAGGCUAACUACUUUCCUUUACAUUCCAGUGACGAAGAUUCGCAAUCGCCGAAAAGAAGUUCUCCUUUUCGUACGUGUUUGUCAAAACAUUCUCCUUGGUUGGAGAAGAAAAGUGGAAGGUAUGUCCGCGAUAAUCAAAAGAACAUUGCCCUCACGUGCGACUGGAAAGAUUUUUAAUAAGAUUAUUAAUGACCCAGUGGUCAGUGCAUGUAUCUUUCAUCUCUGUGACUGAGGUUUGAUUCCUCCAAUAUACAGUUGUCUCAUUAUAAUUUCACCUCAGUCACAUGUGAGAAGGGUGCUUCCAGUUUGACUCUAAAUCCAAAUAAAUAGUGAUUGGCGUUAAAACGCAAUGUGUAUCAACGUGUAAUGCAUCGGUUUUAGACAAUCGGAAAUAUAGAUAAUUCUUCCGAUUGCCUACCGAUAUCGGUCAAUCACUAUGAAUAAAGUUAGUUUUGUGAGUCGACAAUUACAGGUAAACUACGUGAAGCGUUCCUCUUUUGAGUUUCUAAAUUGAUUGCAAUUUUCCUCAUUACUUUUGCAAUUUAAAAAACUCCCUUGCAAAUCCCUUGAGGGAAUUUGCAACGUUGCUAAAAGCCAAUAAAAUUUUCCUCAGUUCCUGUUAGAAGUUCUUAACUUCCUGUUACAAGUUCCUAACUUCCUGUUCUGUUCUGGGCGUUGCAAUUGGCUGACAAAAAUAAUCGACCAAUAACAACGCUCAGAACAGAACAGGAAGUUAGGAAAUUAAAACAGGCAGUUAGGAAAAUUUAAAAUGAAGUUUGGAAUAUUGCAACAGCCGAUAGGAACGUUGCAAAUUCCCUCAAGGGAUUUGCAAAGAGUUUUUCAAAUUUGCAAAGCUAAUGAGGAAAAUUCCAAAUGAGUUACGAAGUCAAAAGAGGAACGCUUUACGUAGUUUACCUGCAAUAAAGUAUGUUUGUUCUUUGUCCAGUAUGACACCGCCGUUAGCGAACAGCAGUCCUCAUAUCAACUACACUCCACCCUCAGAAUCACACAAAGCACAUGGUGGCAUUGAUCCAUUUCUUAGGACGCAUAUUGGACCGAAAAAUCUACUCGAGGUAAGGAUUAAAUCCAAUAUAAAACCGUUUGACAUUAGCUACACGAGAAUCACCGUCAAACAGAAACAGAUGCAUGGCCGCCGGGAGAAGGGGGCGGUAGGAGGAAUUGAAAAGUUUAAAUGUUUCUAAACUUUAUUUAAGUUGCGCUGGAGUGUUUUAUAUAUACUAUAAAUACUAAAUGCUGUCCUUUUUACGUCACUGGUAUCAAGCUGAAGCAAAACAAGUCAAAUCUAGCUAUAUCUAUCAUCACGAGGCAAUUUGCUAUUGAUACACGAGAACAAACUAGAUUCAGAAAAAAAUGUUUCUGUUACAAAAUCUGCAUUGAUGCUGUCUUUCUUCUACUAUUUUGACGAGCGUCUUUCGAGUACAAUCUAUGAGGCUCUUGUUUAUAUUAUUUGUUUGAAAAGAAGGUUUGAAAAGGUUUAAUAAACUUCAAAUAUAACAUGCAAACUAUAGAAUAUGAAAAAAACUUUACUCUUUGUGUCUUGAUUCAUCGUCGUUACCACCAGCAAAGCCACCAUUAUCACCAGCAAUGUCACCAUUAUCACCAGCAAUGUCACCAUUAUCACCAGCAAAGCCACCAUUAUCACCAGCAAUGUCACCAUUAUCACUAUCAAGAUCAUCGUUACCAUCAAGGUCACCAUCAACACCACCAAGGUCACCACUCGCCAACAAGGUCACCACUCACCAAUAAGGUCACCAUCAACACCACCAAGGCCACCAUCAAGGUCACCAUUAUCAGCAGCAUGGUCACCAUUAUCACCAACAAGAUUACCAAGGCUACCAUCAAGAUCACCAAGGCUACCAUCAAGAUCACCAGGGCUACCAACAAGAUCACCAGGGCUACCAUCGAGAUCACCAUCAAGACGGUCAAGGUUACCAUCAAAGUCACCAUUAUCACCAGGAAGGUCACCAGGGUUACCAUCAAAACCACUAUCAAAUCCAUCAUCACUCUCAUCAUCAACGCAACCAAAAGCAAACAAAUAUGGCAUCACAUUCAUAACGAUCCAGAUCAAAUUUUUCGCGAGAAAAAUUGCCGCGUCACGCUUGUACUCGCGCCACAUUCUUAAACGUAGACCAAAAAAUGAGCCAUUCAAGACAAUUUGAGAAAAACUGUUUGCUCCUUGAGUCCAUUUUUUCCAUUGUUUCCAUUUUUUCCAUUGUUUCCAUUUUUUCCAUUGUUUCCUUCUGCUUUCAUCGUCACUUUGGCUGUAUGUUGUUGUUUCUUCCACAUUCUCUUCCUUCACUCGAAAUGCUAAAUGCAGAAGCUCAAAGAAUGAAAAAAAGUAGAAAAAGCCAACGGAGUUCAAUACGAUUUUUUCUAAGCCUUGUGGAACGUCAGCUCCAUGAAUUCCAUGUUCCAGAAGUUCUUCGAGCAUUUCCAUGCCGUCAAAAAGGUUUACGGUUGCUCUAAAAUACAAAUCUUUUAAGUCCUCGUCUUCGACCGCGUCCUCCGGUUCUUCUGUCUGAUCUAUAAGUAGAUUAUUUAAAAUUGAAAUUAGAUGAUUUGGUCUAAGUGUCUCCCUUCUUCGUCCGAAACUUUCUCACUGAAAGAUAAAAAGUACAGGACAAUUAUAUCAACAUCA